AUGUCGAACGCGAAGAUCAUUGGUUAUCAAAUCCUCGCUGGUUUCGGUAUCGGUUUGAGUUUCCAAAACGUCCUCAUUGCCGUACAAGCCGAGUAUCACGAUCAACCUGCCCUUUUGCCCCAAGCGACUGGUGUUGUAUCCUUUUUCCAACUUACAGGUGCCGCUAUCGGUAUUGGAAUCAUCAACACUGUUCAAUCCGUCUUCCUCAACACAGAGAUUAAGCGACUCGCACCCAAUGUGGAUUUCGAAUUGGUUCGACAAUCGGUUGCGGCCAUCUUCACUCUGCCCGUCGCGGAACAAGCUCCAGUCAUUGAAGCUUACAUCAUCAGUAUCACCAAAUCAUUCAUCCCUAUCAUCGCUGCGUGCAUUCUCGCCUUGAUCUUUGGUGCUUUCAUCAGAAACCACAAUAUGAUUGCAAAAGGCGGAGCCGGGGGUGCUCACGCUAUGUAA